ACAUGGCGCCAGUAAAAUUGAGAGAAGUCAUCGUGUUCAGUUCUCAGGAUCCUAUUCAUAAGGUAGAGAAUCUGCUACAUCAGAGCAGUCAAUGGAAACGCUGGCUGUGUUCAUCGGGGGACCGAUCGGGCUCCAUACAGGCACUGUUCCAGCUGGAGAAAGCAGCCAAGAUUGGCUACGUUGAUCUUGGCAACUAUGGAUCAGCCUUUGUGGAGAUACUUGUCCAGAAAUCUUCCUGGUCCAGUAAUAGAUUUGUGACCUUAAUCCCAGCCACUAUACUGAUGUCGCCAAUGGAAUGCAAAAGUGGACAGAAUAAAUGCGGCGUGAAAAUGUUCACCAAAGCCAACUUGACUGAGGAAAGUCUAGCCGAUGAAUGGGAUCGCAUUAAAGUAGUAUGCAGUCAGCCAUAUAAGAAAGAUUCUCAGUUUGGUCUAGCCUUCAUCCGUCUCCGGUCGCUAGAGGAUAAGAAAGACCAAGAUCAAACUGUCAGUCCAGGACCCACAAUGACCAAGCUUCAUCAUAAGUCUGGGAACACACCCACCAUGAACAACAAGUCACCAAGAGGUCGCAUGGUUCUGUCUCCUUCUUGGAAGACAAAUUCUAGCUUUCAGAGACAAGUCAUGACGGCUACAAACAGCGAGAAGUACAGUGAUGGAGAGACUGCAGAACUGAAAAACCGACUCUUGAAGAUGGCGUCAACUGCGGACAGUGGAUCAGACAAAUCAAACUCGCUCAGCCGGUCAGCCCAGAUGGUGCUUGCCUCGUCCAACAGUCAAGUUACUCCAAGACGAUCAGAAAAUCCCUCGAGAGGUACAAUGAGUAGCGAUACAGCCAAGAGUCCCGGCACGGGCAGAGAAAAUUCCUGGAAGAUCCCGGCGAAUCAGCGAAGACGAGAUAGUGAUGCAGAAAACCAAAGAAAAAACUCCCCUCCUCCCUCGAAUCACCUUGGUAACCGUGCUCAUGGUAACAAGAACUCAAGGCAUAAAAUAUCGCCGGAGUCUAAAGGUCAGCCUAACAAUAUUAGGCAGAGAGUCCUAGGAGAGGGAAGGGCAGAGGUCAAGAAAGGUCAUACAGAACGGGAGAAGUUGGCUGGUCCAAAACUUCCAACUAAAAGAACAAGUAACUCAACUACCGCGACAUCCCCGACCAAGAUGAGAUGUAAAGAGUUUGAAGAAGUUGCAGAAGAAUUCCUCAGGUCCCAUGGGCGUGUCCUGUUAGAUUCUAAAUUAUCUGACAUUCGGCCAGGCUUACAGAAUCUUCUUGGACGCAAACUUAGCAAGCAAGAGAAGAAAGUUUUCAAAGAGCUAGCGGUGGCAAGAGUAGAUUAUUUAGUCAAUAACGGGUCUCCUCCUGAAGUCCCAAAAGCAGUGAAAAAGGGACAAAACUUACAGCCAAAGCCAAACACUAAGCCAAAGACGAAGCCAAAGACAAAAACCAACAGCACACCAUCCCCUCACAGCAGCUCAUCAACCUUAUUGGAUCUCACCCCCAUGGAGUUCAGAGACUGUCCCAAAUGCUUCCUGAAGUUCACAGCGAGGCAAAUUACAGGCCACAUACUGGACUGCCAGGGAAUCCAAUCUGCAAGCAGCAUUACUAAGGCACAAAACAGUUUUACAGAUUCACCACCAAGCCCUAUUUCCUCGGUGAAAACAUCCCGAGGAAGGGGUGGUCGAGGAAGAGGGCGUGGCAGGGGCAGGCGAGGUGGGAGGCAAGCAAGCGAGUCGCUUCCACUUGCAGAUCCUCCAACCAUGUCUACUCACAUUCCUACAGCUGUCAUGCCAAGCUAUCAAGGGGCUGUUCCAUCGCGUAAACCAUCCAAGAAGCAACUAUCUCCUAACUCGUCACCGCCAAAUCCUGGAAAGACACCUGCCAAUGUCCAAAUCAUGUCGACGCCAUCACCACCAGGGGGUUACAUUACAGCCAAUCAGUCAUCAAAAGGGACCGUAGUCAUCGACAGUGACGAUGAAGAAGACUGUUUGCCGUGCCCAGUGUGUAAUGUCAGGUUCCCUCUGCGGAUCAUCGAGACCCACGCCAAUCUCUGUCUGCAAAGGAAUACCAUUCUCGAAGAAAUGUCUAAGAAUAACUGGAUGGAAUCGAGUGACGCUACCUUGUUGUAUUAAGAAACAGGGCCUGAUUUCAUAGAGAUGCUUAAGCAGAAAAUAUUGCUGCUAAGCAACAUAUAGCAGGAUACCAGUCACUGUGCAUGUGAAAUGGUAUUUUAGCUGGUAAUCUUUUUCUGGUAAGCAUGAUUUUGAAGUGCUUAGUUAGUUUUGUGCUUAACCAGCUCUGUGAAAUUGGGUCCAGGGCUUUAGGCAGCCAGUGCAAGAAAUAAUGACUUUGGCGCUGGCUAUAACUAAAUCAUUGCUCCUACUUGUCACAAGUUUGUAAGGAUUCUGCUGAUUUCAGGAUUUUCUCAAAACCAUUUUCUCAUGAAAGAAGUAUUUGCAAUCACAUAAGUGAGGAUUGAAUAAUCCAUUGUGUGUCCAAACCAGUAGCUUUGUGUUUCUGGUGAUGCACAUAAUCUGUAAACCCCCUAAAUUGUAACAUUUGGCUGGUAGAUUCAGCAUCAUUUUUAAGUAGUUUUCAAAUACAUCAGGCCCCAAUUUUCAUGGCUUGGCUUACCGUAAGCACAGAAUCGACGCUUACGG